AGCAGUUCAAAUCUUCGGCCUCGGCUGGUUUGCCCCGGAUCUCUGACGUCGACGACAACACCUCUCCUAACCUCCCUCGACGCCGCAAACCCAUUGUCCCUAGCCGACAACACCGCCUAUACGGACACUACUGUGACAUUUUCACAGCACAAUCACCUCCGUCUUUUUCGCGUCUCCUAGCUACCAUGGCGUCCAUCGCCUCGCGCGCCCUUCGACGGCCCGCCGCCGCCCGCCGCUUGCUUGCUCUGCCUGUCCGCCCGCUGUCCACGACAGUGGCGCACCGCGCUGUUGACGACACUUCAUCUGCCGAGUUGGGUGUCGGAGAGCUUCAGGGUGCCAAGUUCAAGAUCGAGCCGCUGCGCCGCGUGGGCGAGGACGACGCCACGAAGCGAGCCCGCCUUGUCUACCAAUCCCGCAAGCGUGGAACGCUCGAGUCCGACCUCCUCCUCUCCACCUUCGCCUCCAAGUACCUGGCGACGCUCCCCCCGACGCUGCUCGACCAGUACGACCUGCUGCUCGACGAGAACGACUGGGACAUCUACUACUGGGCCACGCAGAAGGAGGAGCUGUCGUCGACGAACCCGUCCAACUCGCCCGACGCCAAGCCCGCCAGCGACCAGGUCACGCGCCACCCUCCCACGGGCGAGUGGGCGCAGACGGUUGGCAACUUCAAGCCCGCGUACCGUCCCGUGCCGGCGCGGUGGAGGGACAGCGAGAUUCUCGACAUGAUCCGCGCCCAUGUGCGGAGUCGGAGCGUUGACGGCGAGGGCACAGGGAUGCAGUUCAUGCCCGAGCUGGACUCUCGGUAGACGAGCAAGAUUCACUAGGGGAACGACCAGCAAUGGUAGAAGGUGAAGCAGUGCAUCGAGAUCAAUGAUGCACGAGUGUA